AUGCUGCUGUCACUUGGUGUUCUCGCAGCCGUCGCACAGCAGUGCAGCGGCCACUCCCACGGUGCCACCGCCCGUGUCGUAUCCCGGUACCAACGCAGGCUCGCGGACACCGUGUUCGUCCACACUCCGAGGGGCAACGCACUGCUGGCCACGGUGCUGUUGCAGUGUGUCCCCCCGGCGGUCGCACUGCUGGCGGCACGCACCACGGGGGCGCUGUCCAGUGGCACCACGGCCACGGCGUUCGCACUGGGGACUCUGCUGGGGGACGUGUUUCUGCACCUGAUACCGCACUGCGACCCUGGGUCGCUCGGGGUAGGGUUGUUUGCUGGGUUUGUCGCGUUCUUGGCUCUUGAUAGGGUCGCUGCGGUGUUGCAGGGGGGCGCUACCAGUCACAGCCACAGCCACAGCCACAGUCAUGUUCAUGGCACACAGGAGACACAAGGGGAACACGCGCCUUCCUUGCUCCUCAACGUCAUCUCCGAUGCCGCGCAUAACGCAACAGACGGGAUCGCGCUGGCCUCGGCUUUCUACAAGUCAAGCAACGUGGGCGCGGUCACCGCGUUGGCGAUAGCGAUACACGAGAUACCGCACGCCGUGGCGGAUUUUGCAGUGUUGAGGUCUAAAUCGAGAUGGGUACGUGCUAAACUGGCUACUUUGCUGCUUGCAGUGGUCGGUACCGCUCUUGGGUGCCACUUGAAUGAACACGCGGCUGAGUUCGGAGACCCGGCAAGGCUGACUUUACCGGUUACCGCUGGUGGGCUACUAUAUAUCGCUGCUACGGGGCUGUUGCCGCAACUACGUGAGGGCACUGCUACUAGUUUGCCGUACUCAAGGGUGACAGAGUUGCGUGCGGUGGUCGUGCAGCUCCUGGCGGUCACCUUAGGGUUCCUCACUGUACAUUCCAUGCACGGGUGA